GCCGGGGGAACAGGUAGCCCAGCUGGCGGCCGCGGGCGCCCACGCGCGGAGGCCGAGGCCGGAGGACUCCGUCGAAGAUGGCCAACCUGGUGCCCCUCAUCGCAGUGCGGAGCCAACGAGGGAGAAAGAACUGGUCUGUUAGUCUUAUAGCAGCAUCUUUAGCUGGAGCCUUUGGAUCCUCCUUCCUUUAUGGUUACAAUCUCUCUGUGGUGAAUGCACCAACAGUGUUUAUUAAGAAGUUUUACAAUGAAACCUGGGAAAGAAGAUAUAACCAGUCAAUCACUGAACAGUCACUUACCUUGUUGUGGACUUUAUCUGUGUCUGUUUUUGCUAUUGGCGGACUUGUGGGUGCAUUAAUCGUUACUCCAGCUGUCAAGUAUUUUGGUCGAAAGCGAACCCUGCUGCUAAAUAAUGUGUUUGCCAUUGUGGCUGCAUUGUUGAUGGCCUUCUCACAGAUGGCAGGAAUCUUGGAAAUGAUUAUUCUGGGCCGAUUCAUAAUGGGCAUUGAUGGAGGGAUAUCUCUUAGUGCACUCCCAAUGUAUUUGAGUGAAAUUUCUCCCAAGCAGAUCCGUGGGUCAUUAGGACAAAUUACAGCAAUCUUCAUCUGUGUUGGUGUUUUCAGUGGACAGGUUUUGGGGCUACCUGAGAUAUUUGGAAAGGAGUCCCUGUGGCCUUAUCUGUUUAUAAUUAUUAUUGUCCCUUCAACUCUCCAAAUUGGAGUCCUGCCUUUUCUUCCAGAAAGUCCUCGCUUCCUCUUACUUGAAAAAUAUGACACAAAAGCAGCAGAAAAAGCAUUUCAGAAAUUUCUUGGAAAAUCUGAUGUGUCACAAGAAAUAGAAGAAGUUCUGGAAGAGAGUCAAGUGCAGAGAAACACUCAAGUAGCAUCUGUAUUUCAACUUUUGCGUGACAACACUAAGCAGUGGCAGAUUCUUACUGUGGUUGUAACCAUGGCUUGCUAUCAACUUUGUGGCCUUAAUGCUAUUUGGUUCUACACAAAUGACAUUUUCAGGGGAGCUGGCUUAAGUCCUGAAAUGAUUCCAUAUGUUACCUUAAGCACAGGAGCUGUGGAGAUUUUGGCUGCUGUUUUCUCAGGUUUAGUGAUUGAACGAGUUGGACGCAGACCUCUUCUGACUGGAGGGUUUGGUUUGAUGGCGUUCUUCUUCAUCAUACUGACUGUGUGUAUGACUCUACAGGAUCAAGCAAUCUGGCUUCGAUAUCUCAGUAUAGUUUGCAUUCUUGCAAUAAUCGCCUCAUUUUGCAUCGGACCAGGUGGGAUCCCAUUUGUCCUCACUGCAGAGAUCUUCCCACAGUCUCAAAGGCCAGCAGCAUUUAUGAUUGCUGGUAUAACCAACUGGCUCUGCAACUUUGUAGUUGGGCUCCUUUUCCCUUUCAUUCAGAAAGGCUUGCAGACAUACUGCUUCCUGGUUUUUGCUGCCAUCUGUCUUGCUGGAGCUGCUUUCCUUUUUUUUGUUCUACCUGAAACAAAAAAGAAAACACUUGCUGAAAUCAACCAGGCUUUUGCCAAGAAGAAGAUGCCUCCAGAAAUCCAGGAAAUGGGUCAUUUUGACCCCAAGGGAAAAUCAAGUGAAGAACAAGAACCCAACUUUUUUCAUAUGCUGGAAAAUGGAAAAAACAAAAGUGAAAUGGCCUAAAUUCCAUUUUUACAUGGUAUAUUUUGUGCAUUUUAACCAAGAUAUUUAUUAACUUCAUUGUGGUUGGAGAGAAAAUUGUUGUAACUAGAGUUGAUACAUAGUCAAAAAAUGAGGAGCUGGAUUAUUUGAGCAAGGUCAUUGAUUCAUCUAACUAUGCAAAUUCAAAUCUGAGCACUGAUUGAGACAUGAAGUGUCAUGUUAAGCAGCUAGCAUUUCCAAUGGACCUUCCUUGAUUAAUUAGAUAGGAGUGCAAUGACUUUUACUCUUAAAAUACCACGAGUUUGUCUUCAUGGCAGCCAUUUCUCUUAGUGCAGGGUUCGCUUCCUCAGGCAAAGGGCUUGUCAGUUCUGAAGUAAACAGCUUCUCAGCCAGGUUUCCAAAGUGCCCUCUAAACGUCAUAAAAUUGGAGGUGAUGCUCUAUCAAAGGUUGGAUUUGAGGAAGACUCCAAAUUAUCUUCUCUAUGCAAAACAGUCACUGAAGAGCAUUUCUAUCCUGGAAAAGUUAAUUUAAUUAUGUGGUGAUGCUGCACAGUCUCUUCAACAGUAGUUUGCUUUCAUGGGAUUUUAGCAGUUUUUUCAUGGAAGAACAAUUAGUCCCAUACAGAUUCAACUCUUAGAUUCUUACAGCAAUUCUAUCUGUGAGGUCUGAAUCUCAGGUCUUAACUAUCUUUUGCUCUGCCACAAUUAAAUAUAAUCAGGGCCUUAGUGUCUUUGUGUGGUAUUUUUAUUUUACAUCUCUGAGUGGCAACUACCUUGUAAAUAAAAUUCAGUGAAACUUUAUUUGAACAUUGCAGCUAGAGCAACAUCACCUAGUGCAUAUCUUUACCCCAAGCCAAUGGUGUAAAAAUGUCUUGCUCUGUGGUUCAUCUUUAUCAGUUUAUAGAUAUAGUUUAAUAUAUUUCUAUGAUAAAAGUCACAAGAUGUAACCAAGUUGAUGUUCAAGAAUAGUGGUACCAUAUUUCAGCACUUUGCUCAUUAGCUCAUUAGCAAACUGGAAUGCAAAUUUUGUUCCCUGCCUUAAAUGCCAUUGCCCCUCCCUAAUAUUUAUUUAUCUUUAAAUAGUGCAUGUUUAUUUUAUUAGUUUUAGAGGUCACCCAACUCUCAGACAACUCUGGGCAGCUCACAUUUUAAUAGUGAGAAACAGUAAAAAGAGAAAAAGAUCAUGACUGGAAAAAAAUAAACUCAACGUAAGAGAGAGUAAUGGUUCUUUUGCAUCAGAUUUGCAUCAUAUUUUUAUAACUUAUUCUUGGGGAACAAAAAAAAUAUAGAAGAAUGGUUUUGGAAACUAGUGACUGGAGUUGCAAUUACGUACCUUUUCUAUUUUCCAUCUGUUCCAAAUGUGUCAUUGCUGUUUGUCCACAUGUAAAUCAUGGGACAUUUAUUUAGAAGUAGGGGAAGUUGUAUGACUGGGUUUUGAUCUUGAGUAGGAAUGGGGAUCAUUAAAGCUGAUUUAAUUUAAAGCUAUUGUAAGAAUUAUUGUAUUCUUAUUGUAAGAAAUUGCAUUGCAACCCUAACCCUAAUGAGGCCUUGAUUAAAACACGUUUUAAUUGCAUUGCAUUAAAUUGCAUUUAAUUGCAUUGCAACCCUAACCCUAAUGAGGCCUUGAUUAAAACACAUAUGUUGCCAUUUUUUCAGCUUCACAAAGGCACUGAGAGAAACAGAGGUCACUUUCAAGUUCCAUCUUCACAUUCACACACGUGCACACAAACUGCAAGGAAGUUUUGGGAAAGUUUUGGCUCCCAGAACAUCCUCCUUGUGAACCUGCUGUAAAACAAACAAACAAACAAACCUGGGGGACUGGCAAUCACCCCAGUAUUAACUCGAGAGCAUGGUAAGAGGAGGUCUCUUAAAAACAUUGUAAAAAAGUCUCCUUUCCCCCCCCCCCUUCCACUCUCUCUACAAGUUGAGAACAACACCACACAUUGACAGGAAUUUUGUAGAGUUCCACCAGGCAGUAUUUUGAUCCAAGUUCUCAUUUAACAUUUGUUCUUUGGUCAGCAGAAAGAGGCUGUACUUAGAAGAGAUGGAUGAACAAAAAACAUGGCUUCUUGUUUCUGAAUAUCUGUUUUGCACAAGGGGAGAAUGAUAAUCUCUGUUAGAGCCAUAGCCUUCAGCCUUUUCAGGUCUUUAAACAUUUUAACCCAGACAUGCAUUUGGGAACUACUAUUACUCCUACUGCUCUUCCUCCUCUUCCACUUCUGUAAUGAUGGUGGUGCUGUGGAGAUUCAUUUUAGAGUAGGCUGCAACUCAGUACUGAAUUCUCAAAUCAUCUUAGAAGGUAUCUACUGUCUUCAAAUUCAAGCAGAGUACAUUGAUUCAGUGUUGGGAUAUAAGAGACUUAUGAAGUUCACAAUAUCCUGGUUCGCAUAUAACUACAAUCCAUAAUGUGGUUGUGUCAAAUCUGCCCCAAGAGAAUCUGGGUUUAUUUUUGUAAGAAACAAACAGAGUUUGAAACUACAGAUUGUGGCUUAUGAUUGCUGGUUUGUUUUAGCCAUGGCUGCUUAUAUCAAAUCCAGACUCCUAAUUUACUCCUGGAUUUUUUAAUCCUACAAAACAUAGUAGGAAAAAAUUGAGAAAAUUUAGGAAUUGAACAAACAACUUAUGAUUACUCUAUGGCUGGGUAGGACUUACUAGCUCUUUAUUUUCAACAAAUCAUGGUUGAAGCACAUCCUGUCUGAGCAUCUGUGUAAAUGUGAUCAUCUGGUAUUCCUAUGGAAUUCGUGACCUAUAUAUAACUUUACUAUUGCCAUUCUCCUGCUGCUAUAUUUUCCUACAAAGGGAAUGGUAUUUAACAGUGCACCAUGGAUAUUCUUAUUAACUGUGAUUAAAGGACCAAUGAAUGUUUGGGUUUUUUUAGAUUAUGUUUUAGCAAAUUCUAAUUUUAUGCUAAAAUUCAUACCAGGGAUCAGCAAACUUUUGGACUAGUGGGCAUUUGGAAUGUUGUCAGUGAGUGAUGGACUUUCUCACAAGAUGACAAUCAGAGAUGGGUCAGCUUGUUAUGCCUGGCACGGGGAAUCACAAUAUUGUCAUUUACCAGAAAGGAAGUUGGUGAGGUUGCUCCCCAUCUCUUCCUCUACCACCUUGUCUUUUUUCUUCCUUGUUCCUGGAUGCAACCACUGGGCUGCAACCAUCUUCCACUUCUUUUUGUAAAAUGCCAGUAGGAUUAAUGUGGGGCCAAGGCAUUCUUAUGAAUAAAAUUGUCAUUUUAAAAAAGUUUCAAUGUAAAAGAGAUCUUUAAAAAAGAAUGUGGGGCAGGUGGGACUCUAGAAUAACCUCAGUCUAAUUUUAUUUGUUCAGUUAUUUCUAGGCUACUUAUGAGCCAGCUAAAAUAGUAGCUCUUAUGCAUAAUUACUGUAUGAUGGGAUCAGUGGUUGUGAAUGUCAAUAUGAAUGUAGUCCGGAACUGAAUAAAGUAUAACUCCUUUGC